UCAAACACGUAGACGUAGAUCAAAAACUCUGAGAAUUAAUUAUUUUUACAAUAUUUAACAAAAAUGCCUUCUAGUGAUAGCGACGAUUUUGAAAGUGCUGAUGAAGGCCACAGCAGCCCUAACAAAAAAGAGCGCAAGAAGCGCUUAUCCUCGUCGAAUUAUAGCGAUAAUUUAGAGUUGGACGACAACGAACCCCAAAAACCUCAAGAUCAACUUUCAACCAAAUUAAAAGAAUCAAUCAAAAAACAGGCUAACCCAGAAGAUGGUUGGGACGAUUUUGACAUUGAUGACGAGGCAAGUGAAACUGUAAUGACAGUACAAAAAGAAAAACAUACUUCAAAACACGAAUCAACAGCAAAGACGGGACUUACACAAUCAGGCUGGGAUGACUUUGAUGAUUGGGGUGAUGAUAGUAAUAUUAACAAAGAAUCUCAGGAAGCAAAGAAGCAUCAACAGCAAGACAAGGCACAAACUGCGGUAGAUCGUCCUGCUCCUCAACCUAAGAGUGAAGGAUGGGGAUGGGGUUGGGGUGUUGAUUCUCUCCUCAGUUCUGCAACAGCUGGUAUAAGUAAUCUAACGACACAAGUGUCGCAGGGAAUAUCAACAGUUCUUGAAACAGGUAUUGGUGCCCCGGAUCCUGAAGAACUGGCCAGGAAAUCUGUGAAAAAUUAUGAAAGUAAACCAAAAAGUGCUGAGAAUGAAGAGAUUGAAAGUACGGAAGAGAAGUCAAAUCGAAAUGUGAAUGAUAGUGCUUUUCAAUUUGGUAGCUUGCUGUCCGGUGUCACCAAGUUUGUAGAAUCUACUGGUACAAAAGUGAUAGUAGGUGGACUAGAUACCCUAGAAACUAUAGGUAAGAAGACAAUGGAAGUUCUCCAAGAUGGUGAUCCAGGUCUUGCCAAGAAGCGAGCUAUGCUUGGUCUAGACCCUGGUGAUAAACCUGUACUGUCCCAGGUGCUAAGGGAGGCAAAAGCUAAGGCCGAUGAAGAGGAUGUAAUGAGGGAAGCCAAAAGAGAGGCUAAACAAGUGCAUUAUGAAACAUUGUUUGAUGAUUUUGAAGGUCUAGUCCACCUGGAGGCGCUGGAGAUGCUAUCGAGGCAGGUGAGCAUGCGUAUCGAUGAGCGACUGCGCAACGCUGGUCCAGACAAGCGACACGAUAUCAAGGAGACACUGCAACAGGUCGCAGAACUCUGCGAAAUGCCUGAAGAAGAUGAUGAAGAAGACCAGGAGGAAAUAGCAGAAGACAUAUCCAAGCCUGAUGCGUUCCACGAUCGCCUGCAACGUGCUACUAGAGAUAUUGGGUUGAAAUUACAAUUCCAACCUUUAAUUAAGCAGUACACGGAUAUUUUGACUUGGUUCGAAGAAACGGAAUCGGAUAUCGCGGGAAAGGCAAUAUAUAAGAGGGCAGUGAGCGGCCUCGCGCAAACGACAGCGUUAUGCGUGGAACUGUAUCACAAGACAGCUGAAAUGUUGCUCGUUAAGAAUCGACGCUCGACUGCCGAUGAGGCUGAUGCGCUUACACAAAUGACCGUAGUUUUGACGAGGCACAUAAGCGAUCUAGCAACACAGUUCACAGAGAAGCUGAGCGGUCAUCCGACAGAUAACAAGGAGCAAAUAAAUGAUUACAUCACUAAUGUAUUUUUAGAGGCUGGUAACAGUUCUAAGUAUAUAGAAAAUGCAUUCCAGUUAACAUUGCCGAUAAUUCAGAUUGGUGCAGUGUGAAAUAUAUAUAAUAUAAUAAUAUAUAAAUAUAAUUUUUACGUAUAAUUUUUGUGAUAAAUUUAUUGUAAUAAAUAACAGUAAACAAUUUUUAUUUUAUUUUUAAAUUGUCAAUACAGAUUAUAUGAUAUUACUGUUUUUUUAUCUGUUUUCUAUUGAAGAACUAUUCAUAAAUAAGUUUUGUGUUAUAUUGUUUAUCUGUAUAGACUAUUCCAAUCAUUAAACUUUAGGAUUUACAUAUUCUAUGCGAUUUUCUAAUAGCUCUCAGUACAAAGAGUUUUUGAUUAAUAUAUCUUUAUUUAUAAUACAACAUUAUUCCACUCAACUAUUUAUAUUAAUUUUUAAUUAACCUUCCAAAAUUCCGAAAACAACUUCGCCGACAUCAAUAUGUAUACCACAGAUAAUUAAAGAUCGACCAAUGACAUCCCGUUAAGUUAAUGUCAAUUUUUUUUACUUGUCUUUGCUUUAUUGUGAUUGGAAUAAGCUAAGUUUAUUUAUUAUACCUCGAAGUUCAAGGUGACAAUAAAUAUUUUAUACA